AUGGCCGCAGCACUCGUACCCGGGAAAAAGAGAACGGCCUCCCCUCCUGAGGGUGGUGGACUACCAGCAAAGAAAGCUGCCCUCGGGCCUCCUGCUGGGCCUCCUCCUGAAGAGCCUCCUAGAACGAGAUGGGAGCCCACGAAAAUAGAGGAUAUCCCCCAGUCCAUAAGAGCCAAGAAUGUUGCAAAACUUUCUGUCGAGGUUAUAUAUAAAGGAGAAAAUCUAGGAGAUUCGGGAGAUACCACCCCUUCGAAUCACACUGUUAUGAAGUUGACUUUCCAGCAUCAACAAGCACAAGAUACUGCGUACUUGGCCGCUGGCACUAGGGGACUUCUCAUCGCUUUUGACAUGAAAGGAAAAGCACUUGAAGGGGGAAGUGGUUGGAAUGGAUUUUUGCUAUUAAAAACAUUCUCGUAUGAGGGCAUGCACAAACAAGCAAUACACGGCUACGAUAUACCUAUCAAAGCGGCCAGGAAGGGCAAGGGCAGUAGGAAACAAGGCAAGACAGUCAAAGAUUUCCUUGAGGUCUUGCUCGCUCGCAAUGUGUAUAUCGUCUGGCUGAGGCCAAGGUUCUCGAUAUUCCGGCUGAUGCUGGCUGAAGAUAUUUACGACAGAUUCAGUUGGAAUUACGCUUGGAAAGAGCCCGUGGCGAAGGAGGGGGGAAAGGGUAAGGAGGAGGAGGAGGAACGCCAAGAUGAGGUUCUGAAAAUCAACAUGGGGGUCGGCUAUGCCGUAUGGAACCGUGUUUAUUAUGGGAAACAUGUAAAGAUUCCUCAUAUCAAUUAUGUGGGCAGACUCAGCGAGGAGGCGGUAGAAGCUGAAGAGCAGGGGGUGGAAGCUAAAUAG